UGGUCUGCACUUGGACUGACAGGCCCUCCUACAUCACCACCACCCACAAACUGCUGCAGGAUAAAGCCUGUAGACCGUCGCCAGCCUCUGCUCCCUGGAAAACUUCUGCCUGUUGGUGCACGACGAUUCACACUGAUAUUUAGAAACUCCACCGGGAAGUCACACACCUACAGACCAUAAUGACCGACCUAGAGACCUCCAUGGCAACCAUCAUCGCAGUAUUUCAGAAGUAUUCAGAGAGAGAAGGAGAUAAAUACAAGCUGAAGAAGAGUGAGCUGAAAAACCUGCUUCAGGACGAGCUGCCGGAUCUGAUGGCGCACGUUAAGGACCAGUCCACGCUGGACAGCCUGAUGGACAGCCUGGACGCCGACUGCGAUUCAGAGUGCAGCUUCCAGGAGUUCAUGACAUUCGUCUCCAUGGUUACCAUCUGUUGCCACGAGUUCUUUGAGCACGAGGACGAGUGAGGACGAGGGGGAAGCUGCUGGAAAGGAAAAAGACGUGUGGUGAUGGCGAGCAGCAGGGUGGAAACAGUCCAACCAGUAGCUGGAGUUACAAGUUAUUUCCUCUGUGACCCUAGAUAUCUACAUUACUUUGAAGCUGCUAAUAAAGCAGCUACUUACUAAGUAGUUACCAGUUAAAGUAAAUCAUGUGAUGGUAGCAACGCUGGAAACCAGUAAUUCAGGCAGGCAGUCUGACGGGUGGGUGAAGUUUUCCUUCCGUCUCCUGCAUCUGUAAUGAAGCAGGCUGCAGCUUUUUAAGGUGAUGACCAGCUUCUAGGAUGGGAGGUGUCUGUAGGCUGCUGACUUCUGUUUCUCUGAAAUAAAAGAAAAUAUCUAAAACA